AUGGAAGUCGCCACUGAUGAAGCCGGUGAUAAAAAGCAUCUUAAUAAUGUUUUAUCUGACACAGAAAUUGCAAACUUGCCUGUUGGUGUUGAGGAAAAACUUAACUCAUACAUUGAUACUAAAUUUGAAGAAUACUUAACAUCAAAAGCUUUGUUCGAGAGCACUAAAUCACAAAUCGAUGAAAAAGUAGCAGUUUUAGAAGCAACUGCUACAGAAACUGCUUUAAAAUAUGAGGAAGCAUCAAAAAAGCUUUUGCUUUCUGAAGAAUCUGACACAGAGUUGGAAAACAAGGUUUCAGUACUUAGCACAGAACUUGAGAAGUCCCGAGAUACUAUAUCAAGAUUAGAAAAUGAAAUUAUUUCCCUUAAAAGUUCAAGAGAUGCAGCUAUUGAUGAAAGAAAUGACCUUACCCGCAUUUUGGAGAGGCGUAAUACUGAAAUCGAACGCCUCAUAGCUAAUGAAGCCUCUAUAUCACAACAAUUACGUGCUGCUAUUGAUUCUAAAUGUGAAGCCUUAGCUUUGAAUGAUGAAAUUCAAAGCAAAGAACUUACAUUGCAAUAUCAAGAGAAAAGAUUAGACCAAGAAAGAGUCCUUUUGAAUUCUCAAAUUAAAAUCUUAAAUGAGGAAGUUGACAGACUAACGUCUGAACUACAAACUGUAAGGUUAAACAAUACCAGCAGAUUAAUAAACUUAGAGACACAACUUACAGAAAAGGUUGAGGAGUUAAAUGUUGCAAAUGAUCAAAUAUCCCAACUGAAUGAAGUAAAGAAGAAUUUAAGUAGUCGUGUUGAACACUUAACUCAGAGGUUGAUGGAACAAAGAGAACUAGAAAAUAAAAUGGCAGAAAAUUACAAAAAAGAAUUGGAAGCCAAAACUAAGUUAGCUGACUUAUUUAAAACUAUGCAUGACGAUGCGGAGGCUAAAACCAUGGAAUUAACUGAGGGUAUAGCUGAAUUGCAAAAGUUAUUAAAUGAAGCAACUGAAAAGUAUGGGGAACUGGAAACUAAGUAUAAGCAAGCAGAAGUGGAUCAUGAAGAGUUAAUGGAGAAGAAAAAUGAAAUUAUUUCAUCUCUAAAAAGCGAGCUGGAACAUGCAAAUGAUUUACUAAAGGCUGCAAAUGCUCACAAUUUAGAUAUGGCACUUAGUGACCUAGCUCCAUCAGCAGCAGUUGCAAGUAAAUUUAUAAAAUCAGGCAUGUCCCUUACACAAAUUUACUCUGAGUUAGUUAAAGUCAGUGAUGAACUGUCUCAAGAAAAAGAAGAAAAUAGAAAAUUGAAUGCAACAAUCAACAAAAUUGUACAAGAGUUGGAGGAAAAAGCUCCGUUUAUACAUAAACAAAAAUCUGAGUUAUCAGAUGCUGUAGAAACUAAUACUGCAUUAUCUCAACAAAUUGAGUCUCUUACUAUAGAAUGCAAUAGGCUUAGAGAUGAUUACACUGAAGCUUCUAAAAUUGCAAACCACUAUAACAGAGAAAAUAGUAAACUUAAGGCAGAAUUAGCUGAUUUAGGCAGACAAGUUUGCUUCUUACUUAAAGAAGUUGAACACAGACGAGGAGGACUUGUAAAUGGUGACCAUGAUCCCUCUCAAAGUAACAGUAACACUACUAAUUCUUCUGACUCUUCCAGAAUAAUAUCAAAGACACUUGUAACAUUCACUGAUAUUCAAGAGUUACAAUCAAAUAACCAAAAACUGUUGCGCAUGUUAAGGGAACUUACUGAUAAACAAGAAGAGUUAGAACGUCAAAAGGAGCAGUUUGAAAGUGGAGAAAUGGAAAGUAGAGUAGAAACUUUAAAACAAAGAGUUUCUGAGUUAACUGAAGCCCAAGAUCGUCAAACUAAAAUGGUUAAUGGUCUCAUUCGGCAGCGGGAUAUGUUUAAAAAAUUAUAUCAUGAUCUUAUGAGAGGAAAACGUCUUGAGAUGUCUUCAGUUAUUGAUCCAACUGAUUUAGAUAGAGCAGAAUCGUUUUCAAUGGAUACAUCACAAGAGUCAAAUACAUCAAGAACUCAAGAUGCUGAAAAAUCCAACUUUGAAGUUAAAUAUAAAGAAGUUGAGAAGCAAAUGGAAAUGUUAAAAGAAGAAUACAAAACUUACAAAGAAGAAAAAAUUACUAAUGAGAGAAUGUUAUUUGAACAAACUGAUAAUAUGAGACAAGAAAUUUCAAAACUAACAGCUGCUAAUAGCAAGUUUGCUUCCACCUUGGACUUCAGUAAUGAGCGCAUUAAAGUCCUGCAAAGUAAUAUAACAACAUACAAAAAUCAAAUACAUUCCUUAGAAGAAAAAAAUAAAGCUUAUAACGCAACAAUUGCAAAACAUGAGGUAUCCCUCCAACAUUUAAGGGAUGAAGUUCUUAACGCUCAAGGUAAAUUGGCAACAGCUGAAAUUCAAGCAGAAAAUUUAAAUACUAAAGUCAAGUUAUUAAAAGACACUGAAUUACGUUUACAAACUGAAAAAGAAGUAUUAAAUAGAGAACGUCAAGGGCAAGGCAUGUUAUUAAAAAAUCUUGAAUUAAUAAAAGCAAGUUUGGAGCGUGUAGAAGCAGAAAAUCGUACUAAACUUGAGUCAAGGCUUGAUGAAGCAACACGAGAAUGUUCAGCUUUAAGGAGAAGGCUACAAGAAGAACAAGAUAGAUUUAGAGAAUUAGCAGCUCAUCUUGAACGACUUACCGACACAGCGAAAACACGAAUGCAGGAAGAAAAGGAUGCUGCAGAUGUACUUAGAAAAGAAGUGCAGCAGCUAAGAGAAGCUUUAGUGGAAAAAAAUAAAAAUAACGACGAACUUGUAAAAAAAUUAAAAGACGCUUUAACUCCGAAUAGCGAUACCUCACUUAACGCAUUGAAGAAAAUAAAAGAGCUAGAAAAUAAGCUGUCUGAUAAAGAUGCUGAACUUUCUUCACUACUUGAGCAAUUGAACACAACGAAAGAGCACAUUAAACAGUAUUGUAAUAUUUCGGAGGAAUCAGAAAAACAAUUGAAAAACGUUAAUGCAGAGUAUGAGAAUUAUAAAACAACAACUACUGCCAAGCUUGAAGAAAAUGCCCUUAAACUUAAAGCAUUAGAAGAUAGGUGCUCAGAACUUGAAGCAGAGUUGUCGUUGCAAGGAAAUGGAGAAUAUUCUUCUGUAAGUAACUGCUUGAAAGCUGAAUUAACAUCAGCAAAAGAGGAACUCAAAAAUCUAAAUGCGAACUACGAAAGCUGUCGCAGUGAAUUAGAUAAUGCUCGGGUUGAAAUAAACAAGUUAUCUGAGGCUGUACAGAAAGCUGAGGAAAAGUAUAGUCACGAAAUGAUUUUGCAUUCAUCAGAUAUACAAAUGCUUUCAAAGGUAAAAGAAGAUCUGACCAGAGUACAAAAUGAACUUAAUGAAAUGGUUGCGUUGAAAAAUAAUGCCAUAUCUAAAAUGGAAUCUGAGAAGGCUUCCUGGUUAGAACGAGAAAAAAGCAUAGUUGCUGAAAAUGAACUAUUACUUCAGCAAUUGAAAGAUAUAAAUCAGCAAAAUGCAUUACUCCAUGAUCAAAUUCAAGCUUUGGGUACCCAACUUUCUGUUACCCAUGCAUCGCGAUCAUUUUCAGAUAGCAUGAAUGAAUCAACAAAUGAAUCAAAUGUUAAUAUUUCAAUAAGUGAAGAUGACGGAAAAUCUUCUGAACAACUUUUCCGCAUUAUAAAAUUUUUACGAAAAGAAAAAGAUAUAGCAAUGGCUAAAUUUGAUAUUUUACAAGCGGAAACAAUGAGAUUGCGAUCACAGUUGGAAAUUAAUGAAAAACAAUUAGAUGAAUCUAAAUUGGCAUUAGCAGAAGAAAGGGAAAGAUCUGAAGUUACAAUGGUGACAGUUAAUAAACAGUCAGAUAUAUUAAGAAAAGUCGAAACACUAAAUGCUUUAACUGACAGCAACCGAAUUUUAAGAGAAGAACGGGACAGUUUAAGUCAUCGCGUAGACGAGCUAACAUCGCAGGUGAAGCUGUUGGAAGAACAGUUAAGUCCAUUACAAGAAAAAAUAUCAGAUCUAAUAUCCAAGAAUGAUACCUUGCAGUCGGAAAAUACGUCUAUUAAGGGAGACUGUGCAAGGUGGAGAACAAGGGUAAAUGCCCUCGUCGAACGUGCAAAUAAAACUAGCCCUGAAGACUGGAAACGGUUACAAAACGAAAGAGAGACAUUAGCUAAAAUGCUUACAAAUGAAAAAGAGGCACUUCGGAAGAUCAAUGAGGAAUUAACAGCUAUCAAAGUUGAAAAAACUAAAUUAGAAGAGCAGAAUACAGCCUUAUCACGUCAGCAAAACGUCCUUAUAGAGGAAAAUAAGAAGUUAAAUGAAGAACUCCUAGUACUCAAAGAAGACAUGUCAAAACUUACAGAAGAGUUAACUAGGCUUAAAGCUGAACACUCAACGAUGGCAGAUACUAAUUCUAAAUUAACAGAAGACUUAUCACAAAAAGAAGCUUCUCUAGCAGAUAUAAAGAAUAAAGAAAUGCAAAUACGUAAAAUUGCUAAAAAAUAUAAGGGCCAAUACGAAGAGCUCGUGAAAUCCGUAGAUGAAGAGAAAAAGAAAAGUGAAGGCGAUGUGGCAGCAGCUGGUGCAGUAGCCGCAGAGAACGCGAAGAAGAUAGAAGACCAGCUUAAUGAAAUACAAGCACAAUUAGAAUCUGAAAAGGCAAACAAUGACAAAUUAAAGCAAGAGUUGGAGACCUUAAGAACGGCUAACAUGGAUAAGGAAGAGAAAGCAAAACAAGUUUUAAAGCAAGCAAAGAGUAAAAUCGUUCAGUUAACAGAGUUGAAAAAUUCACUGAGCCGUGAAUUAGAUGAGUCUCGUACCAAAAUUGAUUCUAUAGAACAAAGUACACGAGACGAGCAAGAUGUCAGAUUGGCUCUUAUAAAAUCACAAUAUGAAGGACGAUUGUCCCGUCUUGAAAAAGAACGAGGCGAAGCUCAAGCCGAGCGCAACAGAGAAGUUGAGGCCCUUAUGCAAAAAGUCAAUCUGUUACAGCGGCAAUUAGCCAGCCAAGCGUCGGCAUCAAAACAGCAAUCCACGUCAGAAAAGACAACUACAGAACCUCCUACUGCAAAUAUUAAGCCUAUGGCUGGUGUAGCCCAACAGAGCGUGUCAGGAAGCCGACGUGGUGGUGAAACUCCAUUAGCGUCAAUAAGACCCAUGGCUCAGGUGGGGCCAACGGCGCCUCACGACGCCCACACAACAGAGUAUAUGCCAGCUUCUUCUUCGCGUCCACUCACGCGCGCCUCACUAGCUGCUUCUACUGCGCCGCCGGAAUCGACGCAGGAUAUGGAUACAAGUGAAGCUGGAAUGGGCAGUGCUGGCUCCAGUGAUAGCACUACACAAUCUACAACACAUUCACAAACACCCCAGCAGGCGGUGGCACUAGUAUUGCCCCGUAUUGAACAGCCUAGCGGAGGAGCCACGGGCUCCCUUAGUAGCGCAGCCAGCUCACCGGUAGCAACGCCUGCGCCUGCGCAGCCACCGCCAUCUGCACCCUUGCCUGUGAGCGGUGCCAGCACAACCGGCCAAGCGUCGAGCGUGAGCACAUCGCACGCGGCUCCGGCUGCAGUCAGCACCUCUCAUGCGGCCACCGUAGGCACUUCCCACCCAACUCCAGUCGUCACUACCUCUCAUACAGCGCCAGGAGGGAGUACCUCCCACUCUGGGGCGGGAGUCAGUACUUCCCACGCUCCUCCAGGUGUCAGUACUUCCCAUCCACCUCCAGAUGCGAGACCCUUGAAACGACGCCUGCAGUCGAGGCCCGUUACGUCUAAACGUACACGUGUACAGGGCUUCGAACGGUCAGUGGAGGUGGAAUAUCAAGUUCCGACGUCUUCUCGCUGCGACCAAGAUGAUGAAGGAGUAAUCGUGGUGGACUCUGAAGAGGACGACGAAAGGUGUUCGGGAACUAUGUACCGGGAGGGCGAGGAGGAUGAAGAAGAUAUGGAAGAGGAACAGGAAGUGGAGGCAGGGGAAGAAGAGGAGGAGGCGGAAGGUGAUGAUGAAAGUCCCGCCACCAGACAGGGAUCUCCCGCUCAGUCACCGGAGGCAGGUUCAGCAGAAUCAGCCGGGUCGGGAGGGUCUGAGGAGGCAGGGUCAGGCGUAGAUGGUGACGUGGGAGAGGCAGAGGGCGCUCGAGAGGCGGACAGCGACCCAGCUCCUGCGCACGCGCAGAUCGAGGCUAUUAGCAGCGGGACUGAACCAAGCGGUGCAUUGUCAAUAGGCGGGAACAACGGCGAUGACGGAGACGACAGCAUCGUGCCGUCAACUCCUACAUUGUAUGUUCCUAGACGCAAUGAUGGGUUUGGUGAAGCAGUAGUGUCUCCCUUGGGCGGGGCGGGUUCUGCGAGUGGGGGCGAAGCCCGAUUUACGUUUGCAGAGGCUGGAGGCGCCGCGUCUCACCUUGACACGCACGCCGACCUCACAUCUGCACUGCCGCCAGCACCACGAACGGACACACGAGGAGAUGGAAAUGAAUCACGUGAAUGGGAGGAGUCAAGGAAUGAAGAAGAGGCGGCUGCUGUUAGUUCACAGGGCAGCGAGCCUUCCUCUCCUCAACAGGUGGCCGAAGAGGGACGCGAGGCCGAAGCCAGCGCGGUACCUCGACGUACGCAUUCUGCUACCCCGUCGCCCCAUCAGCGGUGGAUGAGAGCUGCCGACAGUGAAAGCAGUCCCCGUGGCCGAGGAACACGUCCAAGAGGCAGGCCCCCGCGAAGGUCACACUCGUACAUGAGGUUCUAA